AGCAGCAGCGCGGCGCGAUCCCCCGCGUUGCUGAGAGCGCGCGUGCCAUGCUGGAGUUGGGCGCCGGCACGAAUCCGCCCGCGAGCAGUGCCUCGUCCAUGCUGUCGAUGCUCAACAUGGAGUCGUCCCGGUCCAACGCUUUCCUGCUGGGCAGCCCGCCGCUGGCCGCACUCCACUCGAUGACCGACAUCCGCGCCAGCCAGGCGUCGUACACAGCCAGCUCGUCGGCACUCAAGGCGCAGAGUUCGCUUUCGUGCGCCUACUCGAGCGCCUCGGGUACUCCGCACGGCAUCAACGACAUCCUGGGGCGGCCGCAGGCAGCAGCCGCCGCCGCCGCGGCUGCCGGUCUCGGCGCCAUCGGGCUGCCCCGCUUCGGCCUCGGCGCCGCCGGCGUCUACUUCAACCCGGCCAACGGCGCGUUGCACAAGAUGGGCCUGGCAGAGCUGCCCGGCCGGCCGCACCUCUACUGGCCCGGCGUGGUCCAGAACCCGGCGCUCUGGAGAGACCGCCUUGCAUCCGCCUCAGUGGCCCAGAACUGCUUGGACAAGGACGGCAAGAAGAAGCACACGCGACCCACCUUCUCCGGUCACCAGAUCUACGUUUUAGAGAAGACCUUCGAGCAGACCAAGUAUCUCGCAGGACCCGAGAGAGCCAAGCUUGCCUACGCCCUUGGCAUGUCCGAAAGUCAAGUAAAAGUGUGGUUUCAAAAUCGGAGAACGAAGUGGCGGAAGAAGCACGCCGCCGAGAUGGCCACGGCCAAGAAGAAGCACGACAACGAGGCCGAGCAACUGCGCCACGACGAUGUGUCGGACCACGAGAUGGAGCACGGCGACGCCAAGAAAAUGCGCCAGGAGGACCCGUUGCUACGGCACCACCACCGCGACGACCGCCGACCCGACAGCUUAGCCUCCAUCUAAGUGGCUACAACCGCUUACACACACACAGUGCAAUACUCUUCUCCCCUUCCCCGUGCAUUAAUUAGCCCUGUACAUAGUUGUUCUCCCAGGAGACCCAGAGACUGUACAUACUAUAAUAAGAGACUGUGCGCGCUUUCGCGCUCAAUGUGCCACACCUCAGGUUGGGUGACAGAAGAAGAAGAAAAACAAAAGGGACAAAGACUGUGCGAAGCGCGAGCACGGUCCCUGAGCAUCCGCUCGCCCGUUCUUUCGGACUCGUCUUCCAUGCGCCAAUACUUCAUGGACUCUGAGGCUGUGGGAGGGCCACUCGUCUGGCCACAGCCCAGUGACAGGACUCAACUCAAGUUCGUAGUCGCGCCCUCCUGACAUGCGCGCGCACCUUGUCGUCGCUGGACAUUGCCACCCAGCGCACUUUUUUUUUUCUCUCUUUGAGCGCAUACGCCCUCCAUGUAUACG